AUGAACGAAGACACGAUUCUAGAUAUUAUCUCUCACUGUUCCUCCACAGAGAUUGCGAAAUUUCGUCUGCUAAACAAAGCCUGCAACAAACGUACCUAUGAGUUCUUCUUCAUCAAUCGUCAUCUCCGUGUAACCAACUCUGUUUUCGGCUAUUUUAUUCAAAGCUACAAACGGUUUAGGUAUCGCUCCAGUUUUGUCUCGUGCAUUGAAGAAGAAGAAGAAGCUCCUGGAAACAAUGGAAUCUCGCUUGAGUUUCUUCCUUCGAGAGAUGUAAAAAUCGAAGCUUGCGAUACACAUCACGGGAUUUUGCUCUGUGUCGAUAACGAUAAAUUUAAAGGAGGUAGAAGAAUACCAGAUUACAUCGUUUGUAAACCAGCUACGAAGCAGUACCGGAUCAUACCAAACCCAAAAACCCGGUAUUUUACUAUUGCAACUGGUUUAGUGGUGAUUCGGUCGAACCAGUUUCGGUAUAAGAUCGUUAAGGUUUCCAAACCUAUGCCGUGGGAAAGAAGGAAGACGAAGGAGGGUUUCUGUAAUCUCAAUUGCGAGGUUUUUUGA